AUGAAAAGCUUGUUUGAAGAUCAUCAGCAGCCACAUCCUCAUGACACUUCAAACCACGAACCAAAUAGCGGCCGAUUAUCCAAAGAAGAUCAAGAAAUGGGCUCCAAUGCCACCUCAAAGACUGAUGUCUUGAACAACUCUGCCUUUGGCUGCUUUCCUCGAGGAACGAUGGAUCUUAAUCUUGGACGCGUGGUUUUAGCAGAACUGGUCGGGACUUUCAUUUUGAUGUUUUCUGUGUGCGGGAUCAUAGCAUGCACCCAGCUGAGUAAAGGCGAAGUGGGUCUUCUGGAGUAUGCAGCCACCGCAGGAUUGACAGUGGUUGUUGUCAUUUUCUCCAUAGGCCAUAUCUCUUGUGCGCACGUUAAUCCUGCUGUCACAAUAGCUUUUGCAACCUUUGGUCAUUUUCCAUGGUCCAAGGUUCCGCUUUACAUAUUGGCACAAAUGUUGGGUUCUGUGUUGGCAACAUGUAUUGGACAGUCUGUUUACAACGUCAAAUCAGAAAUUAUGACCACCCGGCCGCUCCGAGGCUGCAGCUCCGCCUUCUGGGUGGAGCUUAUUGCGACAUUUAUCAUCAUGUUUCUAGCUGCUUCAGUGACCUACCAACAUCAAACUGUAGGCCAUUUGUCUGGCUUCGUUGUUGGCAUAGCCAUUUCACUAGCUGUGUUAAUCACAGGGCCUGUUUCAGGAGGAUCAAUGAAUCCUGCAAGAUCAUUGGGGCCUGCAAUAAUUUCAGGGAAAUUCAAUGACAUAUGGAUAUAUAUGACAGCCCCAACCAUUGGAGCCGUGGCAGGUGCUCUUCUCUUUCGAAUUCUUCGUCUUCAACAACCCCGCCCGCCCAUGUAA